ACCUGCCAUUUCCUUAAUCUUGGAAAUGCCUAACAAAAAUGAACCUGUUCAUGAUAAAAUGUGACGUCUGAUCAGAAUAAAACAUCAGUUUUGAGAUAUUCCUAAUAACCGGAAGAGCCCCUUCUCAGGAAGCAGGAAAACAUGGGGUGUGUGACACACACAGUGUGUGUGCUCCUAUGUUUUUGGGUCUCAGGAUCAAGCUACACUCUCCAGACUGUGGGUCCAUGUACGGUCAACAGAGAGACGGCUGCGUUUGAUUGCAGUGGGAAAAGACUUACAUCGAUACCGAAGCACAUCUGGAUGAACGUGACCUACUUGGAUUUGUCUGACAAUCUGUUAGAUUUGACUCGCAUUGACAGUUUCAAGCGCUUGAAUCAAUUCAGCAACUUGGUUACACUAAACCUUUCAGGCAACUACUUCCCCCUACUGUUAAAAGAGCAUCUCUACACGCUUACUUCUCUUAAAGUGCUAGACUUGAGUAGAUGUAAACUGGCCGCAGUGGAGGAAGAUGCUCUGAGCAGCCUUUCCAACCUAAGAUUGAGUCAGUUCGUGGAAAUCAGAGGAGAACCAAACAGACACGAAGCGGACAAACUGAAGCGCUUGCUUAACAUUGAUGGACAAUCUGAGGAUGCCAACCGUGGAGCCCUCCUUCGUAAACUUCUCACGGUGGAAACAAACGCUACAAUUAAUGGCACGAAAGCAGUUAUUAAGGAUCAAAAACCUCAAAACUCUUCAAGCAGCUGGAAGGUUCUUGUUGCUGUUCUGGUGUCAGCAAUCACCCUCUCUGUUUUUAUCGCUGUAAUGGCCAAAUGCAAAGUUGUACACAGGUAUCUGGCAAGCUACAGACACUCCAGACUCAGCGAGGUAGACGCCACUAGUCAGUGUGACCCUGGCAAUUUUGAGGUGGGGUUUGCGACCCAUGGCGGCCCCGGGACCCGUGCGGUUGCACCUGACAUUGAGGAAGAUGACGAUGGCUUUAUUGAAGACAACUACAUUCAAGCCAGUGAGACUGAGAGAGCUACUAGAGAAACAACAUUGACUGAUGAUGAUGAUGAUGAUGAUGAUGAUGAGGAGGAGAUUGAGUUUAGUAUUGGUUAGUCCUGAUGAGUCUAAUGUUGUGCUAUUUGAUGAUAUUUGUAAUAACUUUAAUUGAGAAGUCACUAAAAACAUUUAGUAUUGCAUAAUCAGUGGUUAAACUAAUAAUUGAAUGAUUCAUUGACAAGAAAAUCAACAUGCAAUAGAUCCAUCAGGUAUUUGAACUUUUAAAGGAAUAGUUCACCCAAGAAUUUACUCACCCUCAGGCCAUGAAUACAGUGGCCAAGAGAGUUUAAUGGGGUGCAAUUUAAGAAAUCAUGUGCAAUUACAAGAAACGGCAGGAAAUUAAGAAAAAAUGUUCAUCCAUUUGACAGCACACAUGCUGCAAAUCCUCACAACAUAAACACAUUUUUUAAAAAAGUGCUGCAUUUUCUCACAACGCAAACAAAUUAUAAAAAAAAUGCAGCAUUUUCUCACAGCGCAAUUUACGAAAACGCACUGCAUUUUCUGACAACACUUUCAAAUAGCAUGGAACACAAUGAAAUGUUUCAAGGGGACCCUAAAACGUGACGGACCCAGCUAUUUGCGUUAUGUGCUGCAUCCCAAUUCGCAUACUUAUACUACGCCCUAAAAGUAUGUACUUUUUUUUGUGAAGGAAAAAUAUAUACUUUUGAUUGUGUAACAGAAGAGUUUGCUUUGGGACAUACUACUUCCUCGUUAACAAAUCGUUAUGUUGCUUAGUUAUGAGCCCUGUCAAUCAUCCACGCAUCAUCCACAUUUAAUUUCUUACCUUAUUGGAGAAGCAGCAGCAGGUUAAUCUCCCAUUCACGAGUCUUUCAUGCAGAGAAAUCUCAUCAUGUGUUUGGAUAAUUAUGCAUUCAGACGUUAUAAUGUACAAACAUGUCUUUAUAUAAGUUCAGUUUUGUUGUUAAUAAUGAAAUAUAACACAGAAAAUGCGAUUUAUAUAUUUUCCAGUGGGCUAAAUAUUAAUUAAUAGUCAAUUAAACAACUUUACUGAAGCCUGUCUAUUUGAUGUUUGAGCUCUCGCAUCCACCAUGUUGUAGUUUAUUUACACUUUUCACCUGUGUUUGUAGUUCUAAUCAAAUUCACGUCCAACGCGCAAUGUAAUGUGGGCAAUAUCAGCGAUUAGAGAAUGGACGGUUCUACACUGGAAAUAGUAAACCAUCCGGGAACCUUUGGCAUACUCUUUUCAACAUAUUACCAUUCAUACUACAUACUAAUUCUAUUUUCAAAUACUAUCUAGGAUGGAUAGUUUGCGAAUUGGUAUGCAGCAAUGGUUAUUUAGGCUAACAAAUCACAAAAGACGAGGAAAUAAGGAUGUUAAAAUAAGCAAUAGUCAUUGAACAACAGUGUCCGUCAUGUUUUUGAGUCCCCUUGAAACAUUUACAUUGUUUUCUGUUCUUUUUGCAAGCAUUGUAAGAAAAUGCAGCACGUUUUCGUAAAUUGUUUGUGCUGUGAGAAUAUGCAGGGCGUUUUAUUAAUUUGUUUGCAUUGUGGGAAAAUGCUGUGGCUUUUGAAAUGUGUUUGCGUUGUGAGGAUUUGCAGCAUGUGCUGUCAAACUGAUGAAGAUCUUUUCUUAAUUUGCUGGUGUUAUUUGUAAUUUUUUUUGUAGAACAACUGGACUUUGAGAGAUAAACAACAACAACAUACAGGUAAACAGGUGACAAUACAUUAAUGUAUAAAAUUGAAAUGAUUGGUCAGCAAUAAAUCUUGUUUUUGGGAGAACUGUUCCUUUAAGCCACAUUAAAAUAUAACCGAGGAACAUUAUUUUAUAGCCUAAUGCUUUCUAACUAUUUCAGAGAAAUUUCCACAUUUUGGCAAUUUUUUCUUUUUACAAUACUGUUUGAAAAGAUGUGAAUCAAAAUUUUAUGAAAUUUGAAUGUACAGUAGGCUUAUAUGAACUAAUAAUCUUUAAUCAAAUGUCAUGAUAUCUGCCUUUCUUAAAUUUAGCGUUAUGGGCCAUAUGCUGUACAUUUAGUCUAUUGCUUUUUUUUUGUGUUUGUUUUGUGUUUCACUUCAGUUCUAAAUUAAAUUGUUGUUGAGAAAA